ACUGGCGCGGAGUGGAUCUAGGUCGGGUGUAGAUGGCCAUGAGGCGGGGAGGGCCACUGGGAAGGCGAGCCUACAAAGGGGAAGGCAGCGAAGGCCGGCGUCCAAGGGGAAAAAUUCCAUUUUCUGUUCUUACACUGGCAGCUGAGAGAAGCACGGAGGCGGCAGCGCAGAGAUUUGUUGAUGGAGCCUUAACAUCAACGCCACUGUGCGAGGCCUGGUCUGCAGAGAGAGAGAGAGAGAGAGAGUAAGAGAGAGUGUGUGUGUGUGAGAGACUGAGUGAGUAAGAGAGAGUGUGUGUGUGUGAGAGACUGCGUGAGUAAGAGUGUGUGUGUCUUUGUGUGUGGGGGAGAGUGCGAGAGGGAGAGAGAGUGUGAGUGAGUGAGGGAUAUCUAGAGAGUAGUAGUAGCAGGAGAAAGAGGUUGGCUGGCUGGGUGAGAGAGAGAGGGAGGGAGUGGGAAAGAGGUGGGGACGCCGAAGGUGCCAUGCGCUCUGUCUGUCCCCUCCACACUGCCUGGGCUGGUUGUGCGGCAGUGUUCGCAGGAGUCGUCGUCGCCAACGGAGACACAGCCAAUUUGCAAGUGAUUGCAUAGGUGUAUUCGCGAGUGUGUCAGGACACUAUCGAGUUGAUCAGAUGGUGAAACGUCACACAGCUUUCCCGUCUGCUUGCCUUUAAUACUGAAACGCAGGCGCACACCCCUCUCGCAACCGCGAAGCCGCGUGGCAAAUCCUUAGGCUGGUUCGUGAUUUCGGCAGGCAGUCACUAGUACUCUACAUGUGUGAGUGUCGUGUGUUUGUGCUCUUCGUCGGGGAUUACAGGGCAGCUGAACUUAGAAAACAGUGAACUUGGACAAAGGUUUAGCAGUAGCCGCAGGUUGGAAAAAAAAACAGUAACCAGGUCAGUUGGACAAAUGAGGUCAUUGUGAUUGUGGUGCGAGUGUUCCAGCUGGAUAGAUUGGGAGAGGCUGGAUCAGGAAACCGUUGGAAAGAGGGUGAAGAAGUAGUGGCAACUACCCAUACUCUGCUACACAAGCCGAGUUUCACCACCUUUGAGUGCAAUGGGCUUCGUGCUCGGCUCUGUAGUUGACACCACUCACUUGGAAUCACGGAGUACUUGCCCUCAAGGUUGAUGUCGGAGCUGGGUGGUCCGUCGAGCCGAUUGCCUGUCAAUGCACACUAUGAGCUCACCCAACUCGCCAGGGUCGCUAUCACCCAACAACCACCGGAGUAGUUUGAAGCACUGCCGAUCAGCCUCCGAUAUGGACUUGGAAGAUAGACGCGGCGGUGGUCCUCUCAAGGUGUCGCGAACUGAUUCCUUUCAUCGCCAGUCCGACCUUAAGAUGCACAUGAACGGGAGCCCCAGCGGUACCAUGGUUCUUAGUAGUAGUAUGGUCUCAGACGGCAGGUUGGGUUGCUCACCUACCAACUCUUGCGCUUCCGAUGGAUCGCUUCUGGGAAACGACCAGGGGAAUGUGGUCUCCGACGCCAGGCUUCUCAGACAAGACUCGCUGGUUGCGGCGUCUGGCUACUCUGGAGGUCAGGGCGGCGGAAGGCCGCUUUCCUAUCACCACCUGCAGUCAUCUUCAUACCACUAUAAGCCUUCGGGUGGUGGUCUCUCAAUGGGAAGGGAAAGUAUGAACCACAUGGGUCAAUCUGUACACAAUCCCGUUAACAGUGCCCGUGCCCCGUUCACUACCAGCCAGUGGGCAGAAUUGGAGCAUCAGGCACUCAUCUUUAAAUACAUGAUGGCAGGUGUUAACGUUCCGCAGGAGCUUCUAAAUCCCAUUCGCAAGAGUGUUGCCACAAUGAACGGACUUGCCAGCCACCAUACUGCUAAUUUGGGAUGGGGAGCUUUUCACUUGGGGGUCCCUAACAACACCGAUCCAGAGCCGGGCCGUUGCCGGAGAACUGAUGGGAAGAAGUGGAGAUGCGCCCGGGACGUCGUCCCUGAUCAGAAAUACUGCGAACGUCAUAUGCACCGUGGCCGUCACCGUUCUCGCAGGCCAGCGGAAGGUCAGACGUCGUCUGCCUCACAGUCUGGCUCUGUGGCCUCCUCUGCGCCCCAACCGGCAAUUGCCGUCGGCGCCUCCCGCACUUCAACGCCCACUCCGGGCACCAGCUUGACUCACAGCAACCUGAGGCCGGCGAUACUAACCGGAAACUCGCAAUCUACUUCUAACCUAGGCGGCGGUGGAAUGGGUUACAACAGCCCUGGUGGCUCCGGAGGCUUGUCUGGUGGUUCUUCGCCGGCGGCAUCACCCGCUCAGUUCCAGCUUCCGGUCCUUUCAUCUGCUACUGGCUCCUCAGGUCUGACCAGCAAAGACUAUAGACUCAGGUACAUGAACGGGAUGGCUGUGAAGUCCGAGAUGGGCAUGGGUCCGGAACAGGUACUCUUCUCAGAGGCGUCUGGGAGCACUCGGGGGCUCAGCCAGGAAGCGCAAUCGCUGAGCAAUUUAUCCAGGUUGAAUACCCCAAUGAACAAAGCCUGGCAGACAAUGACUUCAUCCAAAGUAUUACCGGCCGCUCAGUCCAAGGGGAGCGGCAGCAGCUCUCUACUGAGCUUUAGCAGUCCUCAGAUGGGAGGACUCCUGGGACAAGAAUUCGGCUUGAUGCCGGAGACUAGCCAGGUCAAUCUAGCAGCGAUGGCAGCUUCUCAACAGCAGCAUUCAUUUCUGAGCAAUGGCUAUGGUGGGGUGGAGUCGACCAGCGUCGGGCGGGAAUCGAGUGAGGGUCAGCCCUUACGGCACUUCUUCGAUGACUGGCCGCGCUCAAGAGAUCCGAGCGCUUUGGCAUGGGGUUCGGACGUGGAGGACUCAGACCGCACCACCAGCGCCGGUCGAGGGGGCCAGAGCAAUCGUGCGAGCAACAACACGCAGUUGUCGAUCUCAAUCCCCAUGACUGCUGCACCGUCGGGUGAUUUCAACUCGCAGAGCAGCGGCGGCAGCCCAUCCCGAGGCAAGUUAUCUCUCUCACCCUUGAAGUUCUCGAUUUCCAGGGCGGGGGAUGCCUCAUCUGACAUGGGGCUCGACGUUGAAAACCUUCGGGUCGAGCGCCACCAUGACUGGCACCGGCACACUACUGCUUGGGAUUCCAUGUCAUGGGAACCCAUCUCUGUCGGUGGACCUCUGGCAGAGGUUCUGCAGUUGGGUAGUACUACUCAGUGUGGCGGUGGCGGUGGCGGUGUCGAUGGUUCUGGUCCCAACCUCCUUGCCGAUGAAUGGCUUGACCUCCACCAGAAAAAGUCAGCAUCCCCUGUUCAGAUUCCAUCGCCUGACCGUGUUGCUUCACCAGUCGACGUCCUCCAGAUAUCCACUUUUGCUUCGCAUUCUGAUUCUAGUAAUAGUAAUAGUGGCGCCAGCAGUCCAAGUGGGGCUCUUCCUUUUGAUCCAGCGUCUACUAUCUCUGAAUUUGCGACCGUGAUCAGGAUGAGUCUCAGUUCGAGUUCGUCACAAAAUGAGAGUCGGUGAAGCCUACCUGUUGACAUGCAGUGGGUGAGAGGCUUUGGGCGGCCGCCUCAGUUUUCCUUUGAUUUGAUCAUCUUCUGCGCUAGGGUCUAUAUGCCAUAUGAGAACCCCCCAGAUGAUACAUCGAGGCAACCUUGUGUUCCAGGGAGAAUAUUCUCUUGGUUGCGAUUUACAGCACUAUCGGGACUUUGGUACACCACGAUCAAAGCCUGAGCCGAGAUCAAGAUCUUUGUCCCGCUGGGUCGUUGAUCCAAAUUUUGAGCACUUGUGCAUGCUUUGCCAGCUGCACCAACCCCUUUGCUUCCGCGCCAUACGAUUAGUUCAUGUCUUCUAUAUUCGCAGGCAGCUUCUUCCCACUCUAAUUUAUAUGUUGCCUACUUGGCUCUGUAUGCGGCGUUUUCACCAGAAUUAUGCUCAUCGUCUUCUCUCUCAGCUGGCAGUCGGGUUAUGAUGGACGUUUACCCCUUCCCUCCCCGAAGUGGACGGCAGCAUCGUCACGUCUUGGAGUGGCAGUCACCAGUGGUUGGACCAUGUGGCCCGGUGCAAUGCCUUGAAGGGCAAGUUGUAUACUACAUCCGACCAGCAUGGCGUCACUUUGCAAGCUCAUCUGUACUAUGACUGCUCUUUGACAAGACAUUUUUGAGAAAUCCUUAAUCCUAUCCUCUUUCGUAUAGAGGGCUCUCGUUCA